AUGUCGAUCACGAAUAGUACAUCUAGAAGUGUUUCAGCGAUGGGCCAUCCGGCGGUAGAGAGGUUCACACCAGGUCACAUUGUCUGCGUAGGUACACAUAAAGUUGAAGUGAUAAAUUAUCUAGCAGAAGGUGGCUUUGCACAAAUUUACAUGGUGAAGUUCGUAGAGUAUCUUAAUGAGUUCGAUAAUGCUGCAAGUGUUCCUUUGAAAAUUGGUGAUGUCGCAUGUCUGAAAAGAGUAUUAGUGCAAGAUGAGAAUGGAUUGAACGAGAUGAGAAAUGAAGUUGAGGUGAUGAAGAAGUUGAAAGGUGCCCCCAAUGUGGUGCAGUACUUUGAUUCUAAUGCCUCUCGCCGUCGUGAUGGAGUUCAAGGGUUCGAGGUUCUUUUGCUAAUGGAAUUGUGUCCAAACAAAUCUUUGCUAGACUAUAUGAACCAACGAUUGUCAACGAAGCUGACAGAGUCUGAGAUUGUUAAAAUUAUGUACGAUGUUGUUCUUUCAAUCUCUCAAAUGCACUAUCUUCCGGUACCCUUGAUUCAUCGUGAUAUCAAGAUUGAAAACGUCUUGGUAGAUGCGAACAAUAAUUUCAAGUUAGCAGACUUUGGAUCUACAUCAACAUGUUUCCCGAUUGUUACAACUCAUCAAGAUAUUGCUCUUCUGACUCAAAACAUUUAUGUCCAUACUACUCCUCAGUAUAGGUCUCCUGAAAUGAUUGAUCUCUACAGAUGUUUGCCCAUAAACGAAAAAUCAGACAUAUGGGCUCUGGGAAUUUUUCUUUACAAAUUGUUAUUUUUCACCACUCCUUUUGAGAUGACAGGGCAGUUUGCCAUACUUCAUUCCAAGUAUGAAUUUCCUGUGAAUAAAUAUUCAUCAAAGCUAAUCAACUUGAUCAUUAUAAUGUUGGCGGAGAACCCAAACUUGAGACCAAAUAUUUAUCAAGUACUGUAUCAUUUAUGUGAGAUUCUAAAUAUAGAAGUGCCAAUUGAGGAUAAAUACACGGAAGGCGCCUAUAACUUCUCUAAAUAUACACAGUUUCAGAAUAAACUACAAAAUGUUCAAUUGCAAAUGUAUCAGCUACAACAAAAGAAAAUUAUGCAGAAUAAUAAAUUGAGUGACUCAGAAGAAAACUUAUUGAAUGAUAUGUUUCUUUCCUCUUUUGAAAUUUCAUCUAAACUUCCUAUGAACGCAAGUGACGGCCCUGUGACAGUUUCUAAAAUGGCAUCUCCGAACGCCAGCAAAGAAGCCGAAGAAGAAAAGGAGGGUCACUCCAAUCAAGGAGAGUCUAUAGUAUCUGAAGACAAAUCAUCAAGGGUCAAUUCUAGCGUUAACAAUUCUAGUGCACCCAAUGAUCUUAAGGAAGUCAAUACAAUUCAAUCUCCAGGAAUAGAGGACAAGUCAAUUUUUAAAAAUAAAACUCCUGGAGAGUUAUAUUAUCCGAGCGUAAGCGAAUUAGAUACCUACUUAGAUAAAGAGUUGGUCAAGCAACCAAGUGAUCCAACUGUUUGUGAACAAAGUCCUCGUUUGAAUCCACAAUCGCUGCCACAGAGGCAAAAGAGUACAAGUUCUUAUUCUUCUGGUGGGAGAUCAAUGAAAAGUACUUCGUAUGGUGCAGCAGCUAUCGAAUCAGAGGAGGGAUUGACAAAUGAGAAAUCUGUUGGCAUUAAUAAGAUGAAACAGCAUAAAUCAAAUAAUCCCUUUCCAAAAAUGAAUGUUGCAUAUCAUUCCACGAAUGAAUUGAACAAUGAUGCAGGUAACUUCUUUUUAGAAGAGCAACAACAGAGCCAAAGAUAUCAGCCAGCGCAAAAUCAAACAGGAGCACAAGGGAAUAUCUAUCCAGAUGAAUCACAGUAUCAAUCAAUAGUAGAACAGCACCAACAACAGCAAGAUCAGCCCAAAGCACCCGCUAACUAUAAUCAAAGAAAUUUUUACACUGGAAGAGAUCGGGCUAAUAAGCCUAUGCAAUUGGGUGGAACUGUUGCAGGCGAUAAUGGUAACAGAAGAAUCAACUUUCAGAAUAUUUCUCAAAACUACGCCACUAACUCUCAGUCAGGAUACCUUUCGGGUCAAAAUGCCUCUGCAAUUCCAAUGGUAAGACCUGUUAUUUCGAUGAAUCAGCAGCAGGCCCAACAGAUACAAGCUCAGCAACUACAAGCUCAGCAACUACAAGCUCAACAGAUGCAAGCCAAGCAACAGAUGCAAGCCAAGCAGCAACUACAAUCUCAACAAUUGCAAGCUCAACAGCAAAUACAAAUCCCAAAUACAAAUAAUAAUACCAAUUAUGUCUCUGACAAACCCAACCAAUCUACAGAUGAUAACAGAAAUGCUCAGGUAGGUGAACCACCGAAAUUAACAGAGAAUGCUGUAAAUGAAUCAAUGCAUUCGUCUUCCAAAAAUGAGGGUCUUUUGAUUGAACUGUCACCGUUAAAAGAAGAUGCAGGAAAGCCAUCUUUCGAAGAUAAAAGUCAAACUGUGGAUAUGGAGGACGCGGUCGUCCCUGGAAGUAAAGGUUUGAACAAUCAUCGAAAUGGCGUUCUGAAUCUAAGUCUGAAUGAAAUGGACUUAUCAAGAGACGGCAGCACCAGUGUCGUCUCUUCCUUUUCGUCUUCUUCAUCUUCUUCAACUCAACCAGCUAAGCUUUCUGGACGCAAAGGUUCGAGUAAGAGGAACAACUAUUUAACAGAUGAAUUAGAAGAUAGCAUGGUUUCCAGCGAAAGUAUUGAUAUUGAUUUGGAUGAUGCAAGAAGAGGCAAAACUUCUGAAAGAAGGCCGCUUCAUAAUGAAAGGAGUCAUAAAGAUUUGUUAAGAUCAAAUGAUGCUAACAAGCCUAAUCAAUUCAAAAGCAUGGACUUCAGUAGUGCGUCUACGAGGCAACCACGACAGUCCCUAGAUCUUAAUUUUCAAGAGGUAAACUUAUCUUCUCCAACAUUAACUCAAGAGCAUAGAAAUAAAAAUGAGUCAUUAGCCCCGCAAUCACACCACUCAUAUAGAGCUCCAUCUCAUGCUUCCACCGCAAUAAGUGAGAAUAAACGUCAUAGUACUGGCCAUGAACUGUCAACCCGGUCAACCGGUAAGCAAGACACACAUAGGACCAGUUCUAAGCAAAGACACGAUUUGGAAAGAUACCGGCAUUCUAAGGAUAAGGACAGCAAUAGUAGCAUCACUAUUAGCACUUCGAAUUCAUCAGAGAUGAGAAAAUCCUUUGCAAGGGCUCGGCAAUCACUUGAUUUAGAACGGGUUCGUCGUGAAGCAAUGGCAAGUAAUGGAUCCAGUAGUGGUAGCAGUAACGGGAAAAGACGGUCCUUUUUCUCGGUUUUUAGAAGUGAGAAAUGA